UGGUAAAGUAUAUCGAUUUAACAUCGGCUCGAGCUCUUGUGAAAAUGUUACGGCUUGGGAAGUUGUGGAGAAGCUCAAUCUCCCUAGUGGGCCACAUCCUCAUCCGUAUACAUUGGCGUGGAUCCAACGUGGCAAUUCUACUACGGUAGAUUGCCGUGUGAUGUCUCUUAUUCAAUUGGCACUAAUUACAAGGAUUCGACAUGGUGCGAUGUGGUUUCUAUGGAUGCGUGUCAUCUACUGCUUGAUCGUCCUUGACGAUACGAUCAUUUCGUUGUUCAUGAUGGUUGCCUCAAUACCUAUGGCUUUCUCUUUCAGGAUGCAGGAAGUGGUGAACGACUGCAAAUCGGUGGUUUUUACGGGCCACUCCGUGGGAGGCGCCGUAGCUUCCCUCUCGGCCCUUUGGCUCCUUUCCACCCUCCAAUCAAACAUCCACGUCCUGUGCGUCACGUUCGGCUCUCCAAUGCUCGGCAACCAGUCGCUGUCGCGGGCCGUCCUCCAUGAGAGGUGGGCUGGCCACUUUAUCCAUGUUGUGGCUCAAAACGACUUAGUCCCGUUCGCCCCUUUCAUGGACGAGCUGCGUUCCCUUUUAGAGGAACAGCUGAGGGGUGGCGGGGCCCACGGGUUCUGGCCGUUUGGGAGUUACAUGUUGUGCAAGGGGGACGGGGCCAUCUGCCUAGACAACGGGCUGGCUAUCGUGAGGUUGCUCUACUUGAUGAUGGUGGCCAAGGGGAGUUCGACGUGCGUCGGGGAUCAUCUCGAGUAUGAGGCCUAUGUGGGGAGGCUCUGCUGGCAUUACCUGCUCAAGAGGCCAUCAGCGGACGUGUCCAUUUUUGAGUCGACCAGCCAAGCUGGGACUGAACUCGCGUUGCGUUCGUCAGGAUUGGAUUUCGAGGAACCAAUCUACGGGGUGGCGAAAAACUGUCUGACAAUGGCGAGACAAGUGGGUUGCAGCCGCAAUCUCAACGCCGCAAAAAUGGCAGUCUCCUUAUCGAAAGUGACUCCCCUGCGAGCCCAGAUCGAGUGGUACAAGGCCUUGUGCGACGAGCACACAGGUUACUAUGACUCCUUCAAGCGGAGGGGCGCCUCCAAGCGGGACUUCAGGGUGAACCUGAACCGCAUCCGCCUCGCCAUCUUCUGGGACAACCUCCUAUCCAUGCUCAACUCCAAUCAGCUCACUCACGACUUCCACAAGCUCCCCAAGUACGUCAACGCCUCCAGAUUCUACACCCUCCUUGUCGAGCCCCUCGAGAUAGCCGAGUACUACAGGACGGGCACGCACAAGAAGAAAGGGCACUACAUGGGCCACGGUCGGGAGAAGAGGUUCAAGAUUUUUGAUAGGUGGUGGGCGGAGAGGAAAGUAGGGGACGAGGAGAAUGGGCCGAGGAGCAGAUUCGCGAGCUUGACCCAAGACUCGUGCUUUUGGGCUAGGGUUGAGGAGGCUAGAGAUUAUGUUUGUUGGGUGGAGUCGGGCAGGCAUUUGGAGCUUUUGGGGGAGAUUUGGAGGUUCGAGAGGUAUGCACGGGGGUUGGUCGAGAGGAAGGAGGUGUCGGUGGAUGUUCUGGCCAAAAACUCGAGCUAUAGGAUGUUUGUGGAGGAGUGGGAGGUGCUCAGGUCUCGGUUGAAGCUAGUGCCUGCUUCUAGUUUGGCUACUCAGGAAGCUAAGGUUCAGGAAAUUGAAUUGGAUGCAGAGGCCGACUUUGUAUCGCCUUUGCACGAUUGCAAAAUGGUGUCAUGA